CAGUCACACAGUUUCACUGAGACUGUCAACUUCAGGAGCUCUUUUUCUUUGUUUCCUGCUAAUUUUUGUCGAGUCUUUUCUGUAGCUGUUUACCUCAACACAUUUUAGUAAGAGGUUAACACACUGCUCAGCUAGAUCACCUGUGGAUUUUAUUUUUGUUAUCACAUCUGCUGGACAUCUUUUCCUGGUAAAACAUGUCCCACCAUAGCACUCUGGAUUUAGACAGAUACAGCAGUUUGGAGAAAUCACGCCGCUCCACCAGUCGUAGCCAGUCCAGGGCCCUGGCUAAGAACGGGGAAGUCCUGUGUGACUUCUGUACGACAAGGAAGCAGAAGGCUGAGAAGUCCUGCUUGGUGUGCCUGGCAUCCUACUGUGAGACUCACCUCCAGUCUCACUAUGACUAUCCUGCCCUGAUGAAGCAUAAACUGGUCAAAGCUACAGGUCAGAUGAGAGAGAAGAUCUGUGCACAACAUGACAAGCUGCUGGAGGCUUUUUGUCGCACUGAUCAGACAUCAGUGUGUGUCCUGUGCAUGAUGGAUGAGCACAAACACCAUGACAUUGUCCCGGCUGGAACUGAGAGGACUGAGAAACAAAAACAACUUGGUACCACGCUGCACAGAUCUCAACAGAGGAUUGACCAGAGAAUUAAAAAGUGGCAGGAUCUUCGACAAGCUGUGGAAUCAGUUAAACACUCCGCUCAAAUGGUCCUAGAGGAGAAUGAGCGGAUCUUCACUGAGCUUCUGCUUUCCAUUGAGAGGAAGUACAAUGAAGUCAAGGAGAUGAUCCGCUCCCAUGAAAAGACCACUGUGACACAGGCCGAGAUAUUGCUAGACCGCUUGGAGGAAGAGAUCACUCUGCUGAAGAAGAGACACACUGACCUGGACAAGCUUUCACACACUGAUGAUCACAUACACUUUCUACAGAGCUGGCAGUCUCUGUCAGGACCUUCAGGAUAUGAAGACCUGAACAACAUCAAUGUCGCUCCCUAUUACUCCUUUGAUGCCACCAAGCGAGCCAUUGCUGCACUGAAAUUUCAAGUAGAAGAAGUCACCAAGGUCGAAAUUAGCAAAAUCUCAGGAGCAGUGAAGGAAGUCUACAUCACAGAAGAAGGUGAGACAAAGACAAAGAGAAGAGAAUCGGUUUUGAAGGAAGAACCAAAGACAAAAGAAGAACCAAAGACAAGAGAAGAUUUCAUGAAAUACUCUUGCGAGUUGAUUCUGGAUGUCAACACCAUUCACCCCAACCUUCACCUCUCCGAGGGUAACAGAACAGCUACGAUGAAGAGUGAGCCCAAGAACUACCCUGACCACCCAGACCGAUUCGACCACUGGCAGCAGGUGUUAUGCAAGGAGAGUGUGACUAGGACCCGUUGUUACUGGGAGGUGGACUGGAAGGGAACGGAGAUCGACGUGGCCAUUACCUACAGGGGAAUCCGCCGUAAAGGAAAUGGGAAUGAAUGCAGCCUGGGUUGGAAUGACAAGUCCUGGAGUCUUUACUGCUCUGACUCCAAAUUCUCCUUUGUGCACAAUAAUAAGAGCAAAGACAUUCCAGCUCCAAUGUCAUCUCGCAUUGGUGUAUACCUGGAUCAUGCAGCAGGGACGCUUGCAUUUUACAGUGUCUCUAAUGGCAUGCAGCUUCUGCACAGAGUCCAGACUACGUUUACAGAGCCCCUUUACCCUGCAUUCAGUGUGUGGGGCUUUGGUACCAGUAUAAGACUGUAGGGGAGUUGCUAUAGUGCAACUAAUUUGCAUCCCAUUUACACAAUAUUCCCAAUAUUGUUGUGAACUUUGAAACAGGGUGUUUGAUUUAUUCAUUUUAGUUUUACCUUUUGUUAAAAGUACUUUUUUUCCUUAUACACGAACUAUUCUGUGAGUCUUUAGUCCAGUUGAUUUGUUUCUGUUCUAACUGAUCAUUGCCUGUUGUUUUGGGUCAGUCUAAUCUGAGGAGAUGCUCGUGAUGCAAAACGUUUAUGAGGUAAUGACUUUUUAAAGUUUAUUGUAGUGUUUUGAUCAGUUUUACUAUUUUGUUCACAAACAAAUUCUUUCAGCAGAUAUUUCACCACUUGCAGCUAAAGCUCUUUGGAACCUCAUUCACCUUAACUCUGCAAAUAAGACAUUAUUUCAGUGAAGGUUUUUAUUAUGAAAUACAGUAGCAUAGUAAUCCUUUCUCAGUGUAGGGCCGGUGUAAGGGGGGCUUUGUUUGGGCUUUCCAACUUUGUCUUAUGCCCUGGGUAUAAUGGGGAAAAAUGUAAAAAUCUGUGAAAGCUGCACACUUCAGAUAACUUAUGUGGAGAAAACCGGCUGAAAUGUGCUCCUUUCAUAUUGUGUAGACUCUCUUAAAUGUGUUGUAAACACAUGACUAUUGAUUACGAUAACCACGACAGAUGCGUGUUUACUCCUUGAUUCAGAUAUUUGUAUAAGUGUAACUAACGAUGUAUUGAAAAUGGAAGAGAGGCCACAGACAUUAGAAACGGAUAUUAGAGAUACCAGACUUAAGGUCCUCUGUGGGAGAUACAGGUGUGUAGUGAUAUUAAAUUCAAACUCCAGAGGGCAGCAGAAACACACUGGCUUUGAUUCUCCACCACACACAUACACAAAGGAUAUUCACCCUUUUAGUUUUCCUUUCUCUAUAGAGGUGGUGUCAUAUUUCACUACGGUUGAACUUGUUGGCAAAGUCGUCUGACUUGACAGUGAGAAAAGAAAACGAGGCGCCCUAAUCAACUGGGAAAAGAAAACCAUAAAAAAGUAGAAGCGCUUGGUUAUUUAUGCCAAGCACACCGGAAGCAAUUUCAAAUGAGACAAAACACAGAUAUGAGUAUCCUGUUCCCUUUAACAGUAAUCAGUUGCUUAUCCAGAAAACAGCUGGGCCACAAGGUUAAUGUCUGUCAGGGUCUUACAACAAUAUACAUGAAACUUGGACAUGUUUAAAGUGCGUAUGUUUAAAAGCUGUGGCAUGCUCUAACAUUUAUUGUUGCCUCCACUGUCCAUGGCAUUAAUUGAUUAGUUGAUUGACUGAAAAUUACUUGACAACAAUUUUAAUAACUGAUUUAGUGUUUAAGUUUUUUUUUCUUCCAAACAAAACUGCAAAAAGUUCAGUGGUACCAGCCUUUCAAAUGGGCUUAUUUGUUAGUUAUCCUAUUUAAAAAAAACAACAACAAAAAAAAAAACAACUCUACAUUUUUUAUAUUUCUUUACAGCUGGUAAAAAAAUAUGUCUCAAUGUGGGCUCCAAGGAGUAACAAUUUUACACUAUUUUCUAACAUUUUAUACAUUGAACAAUCAUUUUAUUAUUAGAGGACAGUUAUCAGAGGUACUGAUAAUGUAUAUGUAAAUAUGUUUGAGUUGCAGCCUUAUAGGUCUCCUAUGAUGGAAAAAUACUAUAUUGCCAAAGGUUUUCUGUGUGUUAUUUACACUGAGAAAAUGGAAGAGAAAUUGAGCACAAGUUAACAACAAAGGAACACAAUGUAAAUGGAACAGCUGAGGUCUAAGAACUGGAGUUAGAGAACCACUCAAAGGUGAUACUGUACUUCAUUGGUGCACAUUAUAUACCAUACAUUCUAUGUACUAUAGACUGCUUUGCUAUACUAUACUCAGUGUCAAGUUACAUUGUAGAACAGAUUUCACCUUACAUUUUCUUUUCCAUUCUAUAUUGUACUGUAUUAUAUUAUACUAUAGUUUUAGAAUCUUAUCUUGUAUCUGAUUUGCAAUUAAACAAAU